CCUUCGAUUUGCGUUUCUUCCUCAAACAUAACGCCAAGACGAGCGCUCCCACAGAGGAUUUCAAGAACACUUCAGUCUCCGAUAUUACUGGACCACAUGGAUAAACUUAACAGGAGUAUGGCCUGUUCAGCCCUCCUCUGCCAGUCAAGGCACAGAGGGUCUCUCAGUUUUUCCUAAGAGGAUAAUUAAGUAAUUGAAAUUUUUGAGCACGGGGCAACAUGGGGACGUUACAGUCGAAACAUGCGUGUAAACGCAGGGAGAGUCCAGAGGGUGGCUCAAUUGCAACGAGCCCUUCUAUCUUCCACAGGGAGUCGGACACAGUCAGAGACAAGCAGGAUGUGUGUGGUGCAGAAUUAAAGGAGGACCAGUUCUUGGAUCAUGACUGCCCUCUGGAGGUAAUCCUGCCUCCAGAGAGAGCAGCUGAAUACCAAAGUCACAAGCACACACUUUCAUCAGAAAAUGGAGAUACCCCAAGAAAGAGUGCAAAAAGUGAUGAUGUGGAAUGUGAUGUGCCUGGGGUGGAUGAGAAUCGCCAAGAGUGGGUGUUCACAUUAUACGACUUUGACAACAGUGGCAGAGUGACCAAAGAGGACAUGUCUAGCUUGAUGCACACAAUCUAUGAGGUGGUUGAGGCAUCAGUCAAACAGUCUGCAUUGAGCAACAGCAAAACACUGCGUGUCAAACUGACCGUCACACCCUGCUCCAGUGGCAACAGGAGAGCAGAUCGAGAUACUGGAGUUUCUCUGAACAAGCGGGAGCAGCUGGAGGAGAACCAGCCCACACACAGCAGAGGACAGAGUCCAGAUCCUCCAGGCAGUUCAGAGAGGAAGCUUUACCGCGUGGAUGAGAACACAGAGCGCAGAAACCACUAUUUAGACCUGGCUGGGAUCGAGAACUACACCUCACGAUUUGAAGCAGAUAACACACUUCAGUCUCCUGUGGAGGAGCAGUAUCAGGACAGUCAGCCUCACGGAGUCCGCUCUACCCACCAUCGGCGGCUGCAACCAGACAGCUGCAGCCCAGGGAAGUCCAGUGGUCGUGGAAUCUCCUUCCUCAGGUCCCUACGGAGCCGCAGCAAGUCCAUGGGUGCUAGUGGGGGCACUGGUAAACCCAGCAGGCUGCACGGCCAUCACCCUGUUAGCUGGUGCAGCCCCCCUCAGGCACAGCAGCAGCAGCCUCUGCAAUACAGCCACAGUAAGCGUGUCCGUGCCAGGCCCAGAGAUGGUCUGUCGCCUUCCAUGGCUCACCCCAGCCUGGACUGGGACCUUCAGCCUGGAGUGGGUGCUACUCCUGCAGGGUUUGUCCCAGUGGCUCAGAGGCACGAACACCAUCACCUCCAUGAACAUCAUCAUCAUCACCAUCACCACCACUACUACUCAUCAUGACUGCAUUCUCUCCUAAAGAGAGAAAGAGAGAGAUAAAUAAACUAAGGGAGGGUUCUGAGGCUGAUCUACGCGAUUGGGAAACUUUCUCCAAAGUCCCAUCCAGAAUCACCUUCUCCUCCAUGUAAAGGAAGACAAAUAUUUCUACCUAUGUGAAGGAAUGAUCUUUUGUGAACUGAUCUAAAAACCUAUGCAGCAGUUGGUGCUCUACAUGUAUUAAUGCAUUAUUAAUUUCCAUUAAUAACCUGCUAAUACAAUACAACUCAAUUUUUGUUUCCUAAGUUCAAAAAUCCAAUAGGUUCUGACAAAACACUUAUUAUGGAGUUUUACUGCCACCAUGUGUUUGUAAAUAGAUUUGUUCAGAACGUUGUACUGGUGUAGAGAAUGCAAUAUCUUAGAUCAUUAUGAAAAGUACUCAUUGUAAUACUGUGGAUGUUUAAGUCAGACUCUUUUCUUGGAAGCCCAAAAGACUGAUAAUAUUUUCCUCAGGACUUUCUAUAGAAAUAACCACUCAUUUUAUACAAUAUAUAUGUCUCAUGUAUAUUGAAGAUUUUGUGUAUUUGUGCAUUAAAAUUAUAGAACAAUAUUUAUAACCUUGA